AUGGGCAAAAACGACAAGAAAGGCGGCGGAAAAGGAAAAGGCGGCGGAGACAGCAGUGAGGGCGGCGGUAAAACCAAGGGCGCACAGUCGAUCAAUGUCCGACACAUCUUGUGCGAGAAGCACGCGAGAAAGGAAGAGGCAUUGGCGAAAUUGAAUGAAGGAGUCAAGUUUGACGAGGUCGCAAGGACCUUCUCUGAGGACAAGGCCAGACAAGGAGGCUCAUUGGGCUGGAAGACUAAAGGGAGCUUGGAUCCCAAGUUUGAAGAGGUUGCCUUUGCCCUGGAACCUAGCUCUACGAGUAGCCCGAAAUUCGCCGAGGUGAAGACAGAGUUUGGGUAUCACAUCAUCAUGGUGGAAGGACGAAAGUAG